AUGGCGAUGAUGAAAAAAGGCUACCGCGGUCACAAACAUUCGCCAAGGGAUGAUAUCUGGAUUGUCAAAUGGGUACAGGACUACGAUGGUGUUGUUACCGCCGCGGCGUCUGAAAGCGCUUGCCACAACUUUGCAUCGGAGACUGGAUUGAUCUCUGACCUCCACGACGAGUGUUUGCGACUGAUCAAGGAACUAAGGACCGCAUGGCAGAACUCCCAGGACAACAUCGACCUCAAGUCACAGGAGAGGGCUGAGGUUGGCUAUUGCUAUGGCAAGUUGUACCUCUGGGGAGACAUUCUGCAGGGAGGAAAGCUAGAAGCCAGCCUAGAAAUUGUUCCCGCCCUGCGCCAAACAAUCUUGGGAACCUUGGUCAAAAUCGGACAUGCUCUGCUGCUUGCCUUCCGGAAUCGUUACAAAUUGAGCGACACUACCAGCUCCGAACAUUCUCAACUCUCUGCUUCCAAUCUCCAAGUGCUUAUUGAAAAGGCGUCGCAUGUCUUGACUGCGGAAGAUUCAGACCUGUCCACAUUACAAGAACCCGGCGCAACAGACGAAGAGAGCUCUAACGACGAAUCUGCAAGCGAUGGCGAAGACAAAUCCCCUUCGCCGCGCACGAAGCCAUGGACCACAGCCUUGCUUCGAGUUCUCAGAUUUCGCACGAAGUUGCUGAUGGAUCUCCUCCCUACCAUUCAACAAAUCCUAACCACCACUGAGCGUGGACAGCGCCCCGACAAAACCCGGCCUUCAAGCAAAUUCCAUGCUUCGGAGGCUGCCCGGCAAUGGGUCCGCCAGGUCUUUGACAGGUUCCAAGAUGCGGACGAAUCGUUAGCUGAACGGUUAGGAGAAGCGAAUGCUCAAAGGUAUGACGAGCUAAGGCCAGACAAAGAUCAAAGUGAUUCAGCUGUGGUCCUCCAUGAAGGGGUCGAUCAAGCAAAGUCAUUAUUCCGGCCAGCAACCACAAUCCGCGACUCUGGCUUGGGAACCUCGAUUAUCACGCCUGCAGAAAUGCCAGCCUCAGUCGCAUCGCAGUCUUCAUUUCUCCCCAGCAUUGCCGAUGGUACGUCGCGCCGCGUGCCCAAAACUCCAGAUGCUGUCGCCUUGGGGAUCCCGUUCCAGUGCGAGAUAUGCACCCGCACACUCUCCACGAUCAAAGACCGGACUCAGUGGAAAAUCCAUGUAUUUACGGACAUUAAGCCCUAUGUCUGCACAUUCAACGACUGCAAAGAUCAGUUGACCGUAUUCCCCACACGGAAGCUGUGGGCGGAACAUGAAUUUCGCAACCAUAGAUGCCGAAUAUCUUUCGAAUGCUACAUUUGCUCUCAGCACUUGGAUACCGAAGAGAUGCUCUUCAAUCACCUUCGCAACGAGCACUCGCUAACAGAAUCAAGGCCCGGGCAACUUGAAGCAAUCAUUGUACGCGCUAAAAAUGUCCAGGCACGGCCGAUCGAAGGAGAGCGAUGCCCUCUCUGUCGAAGAGCAGACUGGCAAACACAACGAGCAUUUGUCAAGCAUCUUGGAAAGCAUCUGGAAGACAUUGCGCUGUUGGCCCUACCUCUCGGUGAUGAUUCUGAAAAUGAAACGGAAGGAGAUGAUCCGUACGACAAAACAUCACGCGGGUCAUCUACUAAAGCUCGAGGUUCCAAGAAAGCAAUGUCCCCUUCAUUAGCCUCGGACUUGGUGAAUGAGCCUUCUCUUCAGAAGGAUCCUACCAAAAGCGAAGAACGUCUCCAAACCUCUGGCUCGACAAUGGAGGGUCGAUUUCACUAUCCUUCUGAUCUUCGACAGGAUCAUCCCGGGGCUGCGUCACCUCCAACGAGCACCACACCGAUUACUCCACCACCGCAGCCCGAGCAACCUGCAAGAGAGAAAAGAUUCUGGCAUGCAGAGACAGUUAAUCGUUCAUUCGCCAAAGCCGCCGAAAUUCGGGAUGUCUCACAAGCGCAAAUUGAAGCAAAACUCACAGAAGUCAUCACUGAGGCAACGCACCAUGGCGAGUUGGAUACUACCAAUUGGAGUGCCUGUAAUCAUCAUGCCGCAUGUCGGAGAUGUUACCGAACCAAGGCGAAAUGCGAUUUCUUUCGCCCCUGCACCCACUGCAAUAUUCUGGGUAUUCUUUGUGAUGACUUCGAAGACAUCACCGAGAGCUUUGUUACAGAAAGCUCAGACGAAGAAUCCGAUGCAGAGAAUUCGGGCAGUGAGACUUUUGAGAUCGCUAUGGAUGACGAAAAGAAACACACGUUUGAAGAGGACGAAAUAUCCAGGGAGAAUGCGCAUGACGGAGGCGAACACGCAGCAGAAAAUAACAAAGGGGCAAAAGAUGAAGACGAGGAAAUGCAUAAUGCAGAGGCCGCCAGACCGCCCACGGAAUUCCACAGUAACAUCAUCCAGCCAUCUGCAGGCCCGCCGUUGUCACCGUCGUCAGAUCCGCUGCUGAGAUCAAGUUCCCAUGGUAAUCCUUCCAUCUUGCUUCGUUCCGACUCUGGAGUUCCAACCACUGUUGCCGAUCCUGACGAACAGGAGCUCUGGUGCCUCCAAGUGAUCUCGAAUGAGGAUCACAUUGCGAAAGACCUAUGA